GAGACGCCGUGAAAUGAAACAGGUACUGCCGACAUGGUCGUCUGUAAGAUUGCCAGCAAGUCAGACAAAGUCGUUCCUCAAAACCUGUCAUCUGUGAAUGACGAUGUUGUUGAUAUUGAAAGUGUAACAGUGAUAGAGACCACAGAAUACGACAAACUUGUUGUAGAGUACGUGACGUACAUCAUUGACAAUGCAGCCGACACUCUGAGACAGGAGUUGUCUAGCAACAUCACGACAGUAUCAGCGAAGCCAGCAGACGACAACAUAUCAUUGUCUUCUAGUAUCAUCAGCGAAAUUGCUGAUAUGGCUGUAACAGAGAGCCUGUCAAAUAUUGUGAUGGAUGCCGACAUCAACCACUCUGCUAUUAGAGCUCCUAGAACUGUCAAAGAAUUCAAAGAAGCAUUUGGCAUAACCGAAUGUGACAUCACUGAUGAUGGUCUUCCACCUGUAAGUGACUAAG